AUACCUGUGUCAUCUAAGAGCCCGUGUCAUACCAGUGUCAUCUAAGAGCCCGUGUCAUACCAGUGUUACUUGCCGUUAUGAUGUGCUACUAUGAGUCUUGUCACUUACUGCUUUAAAAGAGACAUAACUUAUAAAUAAUAAUGUUGCCUCACCUUAGUGUUAUUUAUGCGGCCUAAGUGAACAUUACAUAGUGACGUAAUAUAUUGAAUAGUGACCCUGAACACCAAGAGGAACAAGAUAUUUCACACUGUUUCAUACUUUGUCACUUUGUUUCGUAAGAUAAAUUCGGUUUUGGUGUUAUUCGUUUAUAUGAGAUAAUAAUAAUUGAAGAACUAUUUCAGACGUCCAUGUGUGGCCUCGCUAAAGUCAUCCUAUUAAUUCUAAAGUGAGUUUGAUGGAUGUGUAUCUAGAGGUUGAAGGAAGGUCUCGGUAUAUAACGUUACCUGUUAUUAAGGACAGUGCGGAUACAGCAUACUAAACCUUCGGUACACAAGGAGGCAGCAUGGCCGGUACUACACUUAACUGCCUUCAUUUCCCCAAUUUAUAAAACACGGGCGAGGUGUGGGAGGCAGACGACUCAACUCUUCCUGGCAGCAUCUCUUGCCUGUGGUCUCUCAACUCGACAAGAAAUUAAUUAAAAAUUAUACUAGAAAUACAAUGGAAAAGUGUGACGUGAUCUCAUUUUAAACAAUUUUACAUACAUGAUUGAAGUUAAUAAUGACAACUUGAACAUACUUCUUGAGUCACACGAAAAUAAAGUGUGAUUAGUGCCUAUAAAGGAUUUAUUUUAGACUUAGAGAGUACUGAAGAAAAAAUACUUGUUCUUUUGUGUCAUUUGCAUCGGAGUGAGUGUGAGUGAAGGUGUGCUGGUGACGUUGAUGGUGAGCGGUGGUGGAGGGUUCCUGGUGACAUGGGGCACACAGCCUUGCAUCAGCCGGGCUAAGUCUCAAGAGACGUGGUGCUCGCUGUGGCUAUGUUGGCCUCGGCGGGCGUGGCAAGUCCAACACCAUCCCUACACCCUCUCUUCAACAUAUCCCACGCCGCCAAGUUGAUUUUGCAGCCCUCUGAAGCCGCCCACACCCCAGCUGAGGGCGCACAAGGACCAAUGGUAGGCACUGACUCUGCUUUGGUAACGGUGGAUCCGGUUAACUACACAGUGCUCGGUGAUGGAGGGGUGGAGACCGGUGGGAGUGCUCUUUAUAUGCUGUUUACGACGGUGCUGGUGGUGCUAGUGCUGCUUAUGAUCAUCGUGGGUACUGUUGUGGGAAACUUGCUUGUGUGCGUCGCCGUCUGCCUCGUCAGGAAACUCAGGAGGCCAUACAACUAUCUACUUGUUAGUUUGGCAGUGUCAGAUCUGUGUGUGGCACUGUUGGUCAUGCCCAUGGCUCUGUUACAUGAACUGUUGGGCGAAUGGCAGUUCGGACAGUUAGCCUGCGACGUGUGGGUGUCGUUUGACGUAUUAUCCUGCACUGCCAGCAUCCUCAACCUGUGUAUGAUUAGCGUGGACAGAUACUUGGCCAUCACCAGACCUCUGGAGUAUGGUGUUAAGCGGACUCCUCGUAGGAUGGUGGCUUACAUCGCCUUUGUCUGGCUCGGGGCGGCCUUCAUUAGCGUUCCGCCCAUCCUCAUACUCGGCAACGAGCACGGGGACGGCUCCAUCUGCGAGGUCUGCCAAAAUUUUUGGUACCAAAUCUAUGCCACCUUCGGCUCCUUCUACAUUCCCCUAACAGUGAUGGUCAUCGUUUACUACAAGAUCUUCUGCGCCGCCAAGAGGAUCGUCGACGAGGAACGGAAGGCCCAGGCGCACCUUCGUCUGGUGGAAGAAGCUGAAGCAGACGCCCGGGCCUCUACUGCUGUGCUUGGAUCAUACACUCAGCUUAAACCAGUGUCCAGGUACAGCGUGGUGGAGGUCAACAAUGGUGGUGUGGAGACCAGGUUGGCUCCUGAGGCUCCACCUUUAUCUUCCAAAGACGAGACAGGCAGCCUACUGGGGCCAGAUAGUCCACAUCACCUGGAGGAUGAGAGUGUGAUGUCCGCUCAGUGUGGACACAAAACUAAUUCUAUGGUGCCGCCCCGCCUGGUGGUGUGCAGCUCUUCGGUGUCGUCGGCCGCCUCCGCUGACUCCACCACCGGCUCUCGUUGGUCACUCUGUGAGACCAACGGUAAGGCCCACCCGCCCAACGCCAAUGCCGGCGCUCGCACGCCCACGCAGCCACAACACGGCCAUAACUGUUACAACGCCUGCCAGUCUACCAACGGUUCUGGCACCAAUGGCUCGCCCAGGAAACGCAGUCAUCCGCCUAAAAUCAAGUUGAAGUUUGCGUUGGCUAAGGAACGCAAGGCGUCCACUACGUUAGGGAUCAUCAUGAGCGCGUUUGUGGUGUGUUGGCUGCCGUUCUUCGUGUUGGCCCUGGUGCGUCCCUUCAAGAAGCCCUCGGCCAUCCCUGCCUGGAUAUCCUCUCUCUUCCUCUGGCUCGGGUACACUAACUCUCUCCUCAACCCCAUCAUCUACGCGACACUCAACAAGGAUUUCAGGAAGCCGUUUCAGGAGAUCUUGUGCCUGCGGUGUGCCUCACUCAACCUGCUGAUGCGGGAAGAAUUCUACCACUCACAGUAUGGCGGCCCGGACACCCCCACACUCUCCGCUGUCAGGACACACACACACACUAACCCCAGGAACUCCUCAGAGAUACACCUAGCCAUCGCUGACCCUCGGGAGGCCAGUAUCUCGGAAGAGGCUCACGAGUCCAAGAUAUGAGACUCCCAGGAAGGAUUGAUUGCUUCAGCCUCCCAGGAGUCGAAACGAACUUCUGAAGGUGAUGAGUUAUUGUUGUAAGGCAAAGAGAGAACUGAUUUAGAAGUGCGCUCACACACGCACACACACACAUAAACACACGCGCACACUCACACAUACACACACAAACAAGCGCACACACACACACACACACACACACACACACACACACACACACACACACACACACACACACACACACACACACACACACACACACACACAUGUAAGCAGAACCAAUUGUCUUACACAUUAUUUAAACUGCUCUGAAUGUACCGGAGACAUCAAGACUCACUGCUAGGAGGUACUGGGAGAAGAUUCCCCUCAUCAUGACCACUGACUAUCCACACAGGGCGGCAACUUCUCUACCCGGGAGUAUCUUAGUAUUUUACCUUUGUAACAGGUAAAAAGAAUUACGUAUUGAAGAACAGUCUUCCUGGUACUGGAGAACAGUCAUCCCGGUACUGGAGAGCAGUCAUCCCGGUACUGGAGAACAGUCAUCCCGGUACUGGAGAACAGUCAUCCCGGUACUGGAGAACAGUCAUCCCGGUACUGGAGAACAGUCAUCCCGGUACUGAAAGUGUGUGUGUGUUUAAACGGGACUCAAACCUAUGCGUGUCUCUACGGCCAAGUCCUGCUGAAAGUUGAUGACCAGAGGCACGAGAAGAAAAUAUAAUGUUGAUGAAGAAAACGUUUGAACACUCGUACCUAGAGACACUUGGGAGUAAUCAGAGUACAGUGUCCGGGUCAUUAACGUGAGUGUAGUACUAUGGACUCUAAACCUCCUUAGAGUCCUAGUACUCCAACUACCGAGGAGCUUCACGUCUGUGUUAACAUUACAACAAGAUACAUAACGAUGAUCUAUACAUUAUUGUUUUGUGCUAAAAUGGACUAAUUGAGUUACUUUUCUAAUACUAUGAAAUAUUUCGAAUUGAAAGAUGUGCAAGAACUAAAUAUUAUGUCAGAAAGUUUACUAAAGCUUCUAGGAUGAUGAAACUGUUACGGCUGAACGAGAAAUCAUUGUCUUUCGUGAAACCAAAGAUGAGAUGAGUUAGUAUUAGAAGCAAUAAGAACUUAUGUAUAUCAAGAAUUGGCCAGUAAGUGUCUGUGGUAAGGAAAUAUAUACUGUACUCGCAAAGGAAAGUGACAUGGUGGUACCUGACUCACUCAUAAUAAAGGAUUUACAGAUUGAAGAACCUGUUGCAGAGUCAUGAAAACAGCCAACAAUAUGUUCCUAAAUUCAAGGAUAAACUAACCGAUAGAAAAACAAUAUGAAUCCAUAUUUAAUCAUUAUAUUACAUGCUAGUAUUUUCUCGUGAGCAUAUUACAGGGAAGAAGUACCUCAAGGUGUACUUGUAAUACCCUAUCAGUUAAUAUUUGGUGUAAUUAUAUAGAGUAAAAUAGUAAUUGGAUAAACUUGUACGUCAUUGGUGUGUCAGCAGUGAAGCUAGAUGAAGCUUGUUAAGCUCUGAAUGUCAUCACGAGAAGUCAGAAGACAUAAAAGAUGACCUAAUGACCUAUAAUAUGUCUUGUGUGCAUUAAACAAAGACAUAAUCAAAUAGAUCUUUAAAACUCAACUUUACGGUGUUCUCUCAUACAAGAUAAACCAUAAUGCAUUUCUAUUAUAAGCCUUUGUUGUUCCUUCUAUAUGUGACCUUACUAUUGAUGUUUGUUUGUUGGUUUGUGAGCACUGUGGUUCAGGGUGUGUAAGUGAUUGGUGGUGUUUGUACGGUACUCCAGUAAUCGUCAGUAUUAAGGUUACACGGAAGACAAUGAAACAGGAGACUGAAUGUAUAGCCCUGAGUAUAUCAUAAGUGUGUCAAUGUUGUGUAUCUGAUCCUUUGAGUGUGUUAAUCGCCUUCACUGAUCAUUGUCAUUGGUUCAGGCUUCAGUCAGGUCAUUCUUCACAUUUAAAACAACAACCACAACGCCUAUGAUGAUGGUGUGAUUCUUUUUAUUUAACAUUAUUUUGUCACAAGGAGGGGAAUGAAAUGCUGAUACGUGUAGAGUUCACAAGCUGCCGUCAGACAAUAGGAACUGCACAAGUUUCGACAAAUUCUAUUACUUUUUGUGGAUAUUAUGAAUUGUUGUAUAAUUUUAACCCGUCGUAAUGUUGGCAUUUUUUCAACAAGGAGCCAGAAAACUUUAUUAAUAGUAUUUGGUAUUGUCACUUCUCCCGAUAUCAAGAAUUACGAUGAUAUUGAACACAAGAAGAAUGCCCACUGUCCUUAGGGAUGAGUGAUGGUAAGGCAGCUCUUUCUCUCCUAUUGUCUGUUUUGUACAUAUUAAUAAGAGCUACUGUAUGUAUAGGAAAAUCCCGAGCAAGUCAAAGGGGAAGAAAAAAUAAUAAUAUGCUAGAUAGUAAUGAAUGGAAAACUUAUACACGAGGAUGAUUUUAUUUAUACAUUGGGAGAACUCUGUGUGUGUCUCCCGUGGAAUGGUGGUUAGACACUAUCUUGACGUCAGAUUCACAAACUAUAAGUCACCGCGUCAAGACUCAUUUAAAUGUUUUUCACUUCACAAGAAACUGAUACAAAUAUUAGAAGCAGCCUUUACUCCCACACGGUCUAGGGACAGUUAAUUUAUUGCCUGCUUCAUAAUUUGUUACCAUGUGUGAAGUUGAUGUUUAUAAUUGUACCUGAAGUUACAGGGAGUUUCAGAAUCGGAAUAGGUACUUUAACUGUGGUCAUGAUUUAGUCAUAGUUCAAUUUAUAGUCACAGAAUUUUUUUAAUUCAACAGAAAAUUCCGUAAUACGAGGUAAAACGUGGUUCAUUAAUAUGGUCUGGGGGAAAUUGGACGAGUUUGAGGAAUUCAUGUGUGUGUGUGUGUGUGUGUGUGUGUGCUCUGCCAGGAAGAAGUUUCAUGGAUAUCACUAAUUCUACACUUGAUGAUCUUAGGCUGAUCUUUGGAUCAUAUACGAUGAAGUACAGUAAUUUCUCGCAGCUUUCCCUCACCAGCAACAACCUAACUUUGAGCUUCAUGUUGCCAGCGUCACUAAAGAUUUAUCCUCAGUGUUGGUUAUUAACUUUCGACUCAUAGAGGCUGUGGGGCGUUAACAGUGUAGUAAGAAAUAAUUAUCUGUGUUACCUUGCAGGCUCUUUACGCCCACGUCUGUUUUGCUGGGUCAGUCAUUGUCCUGUACAUAAUGAAUCGUAAAACUAAUCACUAAGACGGUGAUCACGUUAUGGUAGUGUACAUAGAGUGUUGUUGGUAUUUACCCACCGUUAAGUCAUCUAGACGAGGUAAAUAUUGCGUUUAUAUUAACAUGAUCAUCCUCAGUGUGUGUGGCCGCCUCCUGACUCACCUUCUACGUGACCCUGUUGUAGUUUGGUCUCCGAACAGGUCACUUCCGUUCAUAAGUGUGAGACAAUAGACUGUUGGCUGAGUUGCGACUUGUUAAUGAGUCUCGGUCUAGUUUUCUAUUAAAGUCAGAAUAUGCGAACAAGGUGGAAACAAUCAGUGCAUUGUUUACACUCGAUUUAAGGUCAGACAGAAGGGUAAGUUUAAAGCAGGAGAUGAGGUUACACUUCAGACAAGGAUUAAGGUAUUAAACUUCUGGUAAGGAUCUAGGAGGAACUUCGUAUGAGUCUCGAGUAAGCUUCAUUCAGUGGUUCAUUUUAAACUUUACACAGGGAAUUAAGGGAAAGUCCAUGUAAGGGUGUAGGGAAAAACUUCAUGGUAGGGUGACGGCGAGGCUUCAGAAAUCAAUAGAGUGGAAGCUGAGAUCAACACGAAAGUGAUUCUUCUUAGGGGGAUAUUUAGUCUCGUUCAGCAACUAUUAUUAACGAUAGGACAAACGCCAAAGAUAAUGAGAAAAAUCAUUGUGUAACAUAAAAUAAUUGCCCUCUGUAUAUAACCAAUUGUAUCCCUUGUAUAUUAAAAGUGUGUCGGCAUAUUGUAAGCCUUCGCUGGUAACUAUCUGGCAUAUUUUGUGAUACUCUCUACACCCUCGUAAGAAGGGAUACAUCAUUUGUAGUACCAUGAACGUAUUUGCUCAUUCUAGGGCAUAAAAAGUCCUGUAGUGUUUCCCGCCAUUAGUGCGAGCAUAGCUAACUGGGUAGACUGCGAGUUACCUGCGCGCGCACAUCAUCACCUUCCACAAUUACUUUUCUCUUGGACCAGCACGUCAACGGAGACUGGCCAGGGUCACUUGAGAGGAGAGGAUAAGUGGUAUUAAAAUAUAGGUUUCAUUUUAUUACAUUUUCUCCCAUAAGGUGGCCGAGGGACACGUGUUUGUUGUGGUGGCCGCGUCGCUCCCAUAAAGAGAAGACAUUUUCAGAGAACAGUAAAUUAUGUACAUGACAUUUUUUCCUCACUUUUACUCUCGUGUGCAGUUUCUUGCGCUACACUAACGAGCCUCACUGUAUGCUGUAUAGUAUUGUAUGAUACACUUGGAUAUAUGAAGCAUGUUUCUUUAAGUGUCAUAUAACGUCUUUAUUCUUAUUCUCCCGUGUAAGGGGGAUUUAGAUGUACUUUAGAAGGGAAAAAAAAGGCUAAGCUUCUGAGGCCAGUAUCUCACUAUUACCAUAAAGCUCUGAAUGCCUCGGUAAUAUACCAAAUCACACAAGAAGUCUUUCAAAGUAGACUCGUUCUGACAGGUGCUUCUCUCGCUACCUUUAAGCUGCCCGGUAGACGGUUCCAGGAUAGCCUACUUUAGGUCGUUACCAUUCACUAGUCAUUACCUUUACUUUACAAUUUUGUUUUUCAUUAUAAUUAUCCCACUAUAAUUUAAUUAAACGUCCUUAAAUGACAGGUAAGUAUCGGUCAAUGGGAUGAGAUGACUCAGUAUUAGCCAUUGUAUAAUAUCUUCGUUGCUGUUUUCAUGAUAUUAAGUGUUUAUGAAGAUGACAGAAGCUCACUACAGCUUUACCGGUUCAUGUUACUUGUGCGUGUCAGACUCACAGUUGUAUGUUUCUAUGCUUGACCAACAUGAUAUAAUCUUUAUUUUCACUUUAUUAUGUUCACUUGUAGUUGAUAGUUUAAUGUAUGUUAGUUAUACAAUAUGUUGUAGACAAUACCUGUAUAAUGUAAACAACUUUGUCCAGAAGAUGUUUUUAACCCUCCCCGUGAAGCGAUGUACAGUAAAGUAUAUUGGAGAUGUGUGUGUGUGUGUGUGUGUGUGUGUGUGUGUGUGUUAGAUGUGUCACGUGGAGGAUAUCCUUACUUUUAUUGUAUGUUUGUACAACUACAAACAAUAGAGAAGCUUAUUUCCCUAUUUGUCAAUCUUUGCAUAUGAUAUCAGGCUUUAAUAAUCCAUUCUAGAAAAAACUAUUAGUCCUGUAGAGUCAUAACUGUAUUAGAAGAAUUAUCAUUAUACGGACGAGUGCCGCCUGCUGAGCGAGGGAGUAGUGGUGCUGUGUUGACGACUGGUAGUCAAUCUCCUCUUUGAUUGAAGGUUAAUAAUUUUUCGUCCUGCAAAGUAGUGGGAUUCUCAUUAUUUAUUCAUAAUUUCAUUUUUUUUAAUAAUGCAUAUAUCUGUAUAUCUAUUGUUUUCUGUAUGUACAGUACAUCUUAUAAAUGAAUAUAUAUAUAUAUAUAUAUAUAUAUAUAUAUAUAUAUAUAUAUAUAUAUAUAUAUAUAUAUAUAUAUAUAUAUAUAUAUAUAUAUAAUUUUUCAAAUUGGGCAAACAUCAUAGAUUUUGAUAAUUUAUAUAAUAUUAUUGACCUCAUGAGUCAUAAUUUUAAUAUGUUUACGUUUGUAUGGGAGAGACACGACACAGUGUGGGUGAGGUCUGGUGUUGUCUCUCUUGCUGGCCUACAGUACAGUACAUGAGCCAGUGAUGGGACCAACCUCUUAAUGGUUUAAACUAUAUGAAAAACAACUAACCAGAACUAUAGAAUAAGACGCGAGGGUUAUGAAAUAAUAACCACCAAGAGUCAAACAAAACUAUAGUUAUAAAACGUGUGAACACAAACUGGCCAGUGUUAUAAGUAUGAACAACAGGACCUUGGGGCUGACCAUUAGUCUCACACUACAAAUCAAUAAAUUGUUUAACAUUAUUUAGAAUUAUGCGUUAGAAUUAACCAUAUGACUCUCUUACUGAGUAUAAUUUCAGUCGAGAAUAAAACAUCUUUCUCGAUGUUAAACUAACUUGUUGUAAGUCUUACACCUUCACCUUGUUUUGAGUUCCAUCUUAAUGUUUUUACAUGAAAUAGAAUGUUAAAGUAACCCGUGAUUGUUAUAUUUUUUAAGAGUUUCCUAAGUCUUAGAGUUUAUCACACUGCUAGUAGUGAUGCAAGUUAAGCCAGGGGGUGACGACACCUUGUCAUCAGCUGUAGCCGUAUUGAUAAACUAUUAUAUUACACCUCCAUGCUGGUUCUGUUUGGUUAAGGCGUUGUCUGCAUCACAAUGAUGUAAUAUUUCACCUCUUCAAGUAAGCGGGGGACGACGAGGUUAAUUUAGCAAGAGGUGGAGAUAGUUCCUGACUUGUCCGCAAGAGAGGUGACAACAGUGUGUUAUGUAUGUGGUUGAUUUUUGUAAUAUAUAUAUAUAAUUGUUUUGUGCCAGAGAUAUAUAUAUAUCAUUGUCCUGUACAGCAGUGGUGUCUAUGUCGACGGCAUAUUUUACAAGACAUUCCCAAAGAAAAAUGAAUAUGUUUUUCCUUCCCACUGAAUGAUGUUUGUAGUAGGCAUUAUAAACGUCCAGACGAGAAUGUGCUGCAGUACUUGGUGUAGUCACUUGGCAACAAAAUAAAGUAUUUUUGUACUUC